AUGUAGGUCCAGUUCUGAUCCAGCUGCUCUAGAAACUGGGUGACCGCUCGCUGCCACACUCACGCCACGCCCUGUAGUAUAUCUCUAUCCCUCUACUGCAACAGCUCUCACAAUACUCCAGCCAUAAUGCAGGUGGUUCUAGUGCUGGUGACGGUGGUGGCUGCAGCUUCGGCAAGGAUGGCUGGGAUAGUGGCUGGAGGCUUCAGUAUACAGCCAGGCUUCUCGUGUGAGGGACGUGAGUAUGGUUAUUACGCCGACGUGGAGAACGACUGUAAGGCGUAUCACAUAUGCCAGCCAUUCCUCAAUGACGUUGAUCAGCUUAUGGAGUUAGCACACUUCACGUUUAUGUGUGGCCAAGACACUAUCUUCAACCAGGAACAACUAGACUGUUCUCAGCCCAACAUAGCCUUCCCCUGUGCUGAAGCCGCCUCCAUCUACGACUCCUCAAACCUACAACUCCGUAUCGAACCGGAGCCAAAGGAAAAACCUGUGGUAGUGUAGUGGUGUUCAAUCCUAUCUUGAUCCUACUUCCUGUGAGAUUAACUGUGUUUAUUGUUUAACUUAUUGAACUUCACUCGGGUUCCUGUCUUGGGUUUUAUCGAAGCUGAUGCUCUUUUGUUUUUGUUUGUUUUGAGUCUUUAUUUAUAUUGAUCUUUGUCACGCUAAAGAUCUCUCUAUAUUAGAUCAAUUAAUGACCAGAUUACAGGAAAAUUCAUCACCUAACUCAAUAAAUUCUCAGAAAGUUUAGUAUUAAUUCUUCCUUAAAUAGGUUUCUUGAUACAAAUAAACCCUUCCUAAGACUUUAAUAUUGUAUCGUAUAUCCUCGUGUAAUCUUGUCCCCAACACCACAAGUAACUCCCCACUCGUCUACUAGCUAAGGAUGCUGACAGUCACUUGUUAACACCUGCAGUCCUACACCCUAUAAAUCAUUAGACUCUUAAAUAAAUAAUUACACAUACGUUUCCUUAGUACACCAGAAGAGUCGAUUUAAGGGGGAAAAUAGGGGUAAUAAUUCUCUUAUCGUCAUUAUUAUGGUUAGGUUAUGUUUCUUAAUAAAAGCUUUGCAUAACU